AAACACAGCGGGCUUUCGCCAAAACGAAUGCACGAGCAAAUUAUUUAGAAAAUGGCGGCACUCUUCAGCGGCGAGUUCUUUGUUAUCCAUCCAAGUUUUCGCCGAUAGCACUUCCUUUGCAGCGACCUUUACAGUGCUAUGUGACAAUCAACUCAUCUGCCAUUGACGGACGCAAGCAUUGUGGAUAUUCUGUUUUCUGUGAGCUUAUUUCCAGGCCACUUAUGCAAGGACAUUUUCGCUUGACAGAUCCUCUACAAUUUCUUAGUCUAGGGUUUCUUCUUCCGGGAAGCCAUGAAUAUGUCUCUCUGAGCACGGGAAGUCCGUGGAAUUGUGCCAUGGUGUAGAAAGACAAAGCUAAAAUAGAGAAAAUGAGUGAUGCGGGAAAUGAUAACGAGCAAAGUUCUUCAGUCAAAAGCUCCGAGAAACCCCAAAGCCCUGGCUUCGUUGUUGUAGAUGAUAGCGGAAAGGGGAACUCGCGUCCAACAAGCCAACAAGUCCGAAAACACAGUCAGGAGGGAAGGAAAACUGAGAAGAUAGUUGUACAAGACCCUGCAUUUAUACAAAAACUUGAGACUGAACACUUUGUUGUAGCUGUCAAGAAGCUGAAGAAUUCAGAGAAAUAUGGUGAAAGGGAAUUCUACUGUGAGGUUUGCAAUACAUCUCUCGAGAGAUACAACCAAUUGAAAGGCCAUAUCAAUGGCAGAGUACACAAGAAGCGACUCAAGACCAAAGGCAUGAGGCUUAAGAUGAGCCGACUACCAUUCCCUUCUGUCCCUCAUAUAACUGCCUUAGAGUUGCUACUGGAGUCAGUCGUUGCACAGCAAGGUCUUAGCCCUGAACAAGACCUUCCCAUCAGGCAACAGAUUGCUAAGGAAAUGGAGAACCUUAUUGCUUCUUCCAUUCCAGGCAGUACAGUGUCUCUGUACGGAUCAUCUUUGUGUUGCUUUGGGUUCAAGACCAGUGAUGUCAACUUGGACCUAAGUAUCCCUGAAGAAAUCCCCAUACCUCAAGCAUUACUUUCAAUUUUGAAUAUUUUACAAAACAAUGCGAACUGUACAGAAGUAACCGAAGAAUUCGACAGAAAAGUUCCUCAGAUAACUUUUAAGCACAGAAAAACGGGCCUGACUUGUGAGCUAAGUUGUGGUAAUUGCACUGCAUCUAACACAAAUGUUUUACUCAAGAGAUAUGGAGAUUUCAACCCCAUUGUCAGAAAGCUUGUUAUUGCCUUCAGAUAUUGGGCAAAGAUGUGUUCCAUAGACCGUCAGUCAGAGGGUGGUAUCCCCACAUAUGCCUUCGCCCUCCUAGUUAUACAUUUCAUGCAAAGGUUGAAGCCACCUGCACUACCCAAGCUAAGUUUAAAACAGGAGGAAAAUGAGAAAACAACACAAACUGAAUUACAGUCUUAUAGUUUGGGGGAGCUUUGGUUCAAAUUAUUUAGAUAUUACUGUGUAGAAUUCAAUAUAGAGGAAUGCUAUGUAACCAUUAAGCAAGGGCCCUCCAAUUUCAGAGAAGACAAAGGGUGGGGUCGCAGACGAUUCGCUAUUGAAGAUCCCUGCUCAUCAAAACGAAAUGUUGGUACAUCUUUACACAGCGAUAAAGUGUUUGAUUAUGUGUUCCACUGCUUCUGCUCAUCAUUCCUCUAUUUUGGAAAAGUUCAGAAACCAAAAGCUGAAGCUAAGCUUGUUCCUAGCUGGUACUCCAAGACCAGUGACUGCUCAGAAGAUGUUGAAGUUCAAGAAGAGCAAGAAACAGAUGAAGAAGACAAUAGCUCACCCAAAGAUGAUAAGUCCAACCAGAUGGAGACAAGCACUAAUGAGGAAGUCAGAGAUGCAGGUGACAUAGAGGAGGGGAUAUUUGACAUGGAAGAUCUAGAAGAUGGUGACGAUGUUCAAAGUAAUUGUACACCAAACAAAGACGAACCUCCAGUUGAAGUUGAAAAGUUGUCUGAAAAAAUGGAACAGCUUGCUGUUGUUAGGCCUACCUCGACUAUUGUGUACAAAUUCGACAGUAGCAUACUCACUGGGGGUGACGCGCCGGUGUUCACGUGUUGUUACUGCAAGAAGGAUGGUCAUAUCAAGGAGGAGUGCCCAGACCUGAAAAAGCCAGUCAUCGUGGCACUGCCCAGGAUGACCAAGGUCUAUCAAAACAUCAUUGAUGCAGCGUGCAUCAGGGUUGGGGAGACGAUGGGUCUGAAUCACAUGGAGGGGCAGUUUAGGCAAGAGGUGCUCAGAAACUUGGAGGAUUAUAUCCGCGAAGUUUACCCAGCUGCCUGUCUCUACUUAUUCGGCUCGUCUGUAAACGGGUUUGGCUUCAAGGAAAGCGAUCUUGACAUCUGUAUGACUCUUGAUGGCAAAACGAAAGACGAUGUUGACCCAAUCAAGGUCAUUCAUGACCUGAGUAAGAAGCUCAAACAGCACUCUGACAUAAGAAAUGUGCUGGCCAUCACUACAGCAAAGGUCCCUAUCGUCAAGUUCUACAUACGUAGCGUGAAGCGUGAAGGUGACAUCAGCCUGUACAACACUCUAGCUCUAGAGAAUUCCCGGAUGUUGAGAACGUAUGCUGACCUUGACGUAAGGGUCAGGCAGCUCGGCUUCACCCUUAAGAUAUUCGCCAAGGUGUGUGAUAUUGGUGACGCGUCCAAGGGUAGCUUGUCAUCGUACGCGUACAUCCUGAUGCUGUUGCACUAUCUGCAGACUUGCCAGCCUCCCGUCAUACCCAUCCUCCAAGAACUACACAACGGACAGUGCCCAAACAAUAUGAUCGAAGGAUGGAACUGUUGGUAUUACAACGACCUGCCAAACCUGCCAAAAGUGUGGAAAUCCAAGAACAGGGAGAGCGUGGGCUUGCUGUGGCUGGGCUUCCUGCGCUACUACACGGAGACGUUUGACUGGGAACACGAUGUUGUCUGCUGUAGAAGGAGCAAGCGUCUCACUAAAUUCGAGAAGAUGUGGACGAAACAUGAGUUCGCAAUUGAAGAUCCUUUCAAUCUGUCACACAAUCUCGGGGCGGGUAUAACCCGUAAGAUGGCGACCUUCAUCUCUCUUGUGUUCAGACGUGGCCGAGAGCGCUUUGGCACGCCAAUCCAACUUCCGCUACAGCUUUAUGAUGAAUACUUCUUCAAUGUAGACUACCUAACAGACGGCGCUCUUGCACCUUGCGAUCGGAACUGCCGAGUCUGCGGCCGGAUUGGGCAUUUGGCUAAGGAUUGCUCCUUGUCGUCUAAAAAUAGACAUAAAGAGCGGAAAAUGGAGGAGAAGGAUAGAAAAAUGGAAAAGUCGGAGCUGAGUAAUCGUCCGUUUGCCUUGGUAGAUACAUUUUAUAGGAGCCGAGCUGCGUCAUCUCCCUCUCGGCCUAUCACUAAAGCCACCUCUGGAGCAGGAGACACCCAAACCUCUGGGUCUCUACCGAGUAAUGGUUUGGUCAAGCCACCACAGCCAUCUGCGGAACCUAUUCCAGCAAAGUGUGCUAAUCAAGAUACCAAAAAAGAGAUAACCCAAGCUCCACCAAAAGUCCUAGAGCACCCACACAAACCUCGUUCAAUUCAAGUUGAGGACCCAAGAGGGCUGGCGUGCCCACAGACCCAGCAACAGGUUCAAUACCUCGCACAGAUGGCUGCUGCAGCCAGGAUGGGGUUGCCUGUAGCUUCAACAGCACCACUAAUACGACCUGAAGAUUUCAUGUCACCUCCUAGACCAAGCCGUACCCCUGCCAGUGCACAAGUGUCUUCUGCAUUUAUCUCAGCUCAGGCACAAACCCAGGGGGCAGAAGGGUCUCGCCAAGGUGCUACCCACCCGCGCAUGAAUUGGAUGGCAAAGGAUAUGUUAGCUGCAGACGGGCCGUUACUGAUACCUAACCGGCAACGGAGUCUUUCUGAGAGCACUUCAGGUGAUCGGUUCCCUCCAGGGACAAGCCCUCACGGAGCAGUAGGGAGUGCGCCAUCCCACUUGCACUACCAAAGCCCUCCAAAUCUUCCUACUGGGUUUUCUGCUGCCCCAGGGGUACUAGGAAGCCCACCUAGAGGACCUUUGAUGCCUCCACCUCAGCGACCUCACCUAGCAUGGCAGCUUCCUUCGCAGCACCAACAUAAUAUGACACCGGAGCAGUUUUUCAAGAUGUUCCGAGAUGUGCAGGACCCACCGACAGAUCACCCUAAUAACCCUAGUGAGGAAUUUGUUCACAAGCCAAUCCUUGUACCCGUCAUGAAGUCUCCACGGAAUGACGACGAGCGCGCACUUUUCUCCAGAGUCAGCAAAGUGAAGAAUCUAUGGGGUCAAGACCUAGUCGACAGCACAACGAAACUGAUAAGCGACGAGCCACAGUUCCCCAAGCCCUCUGCUUUGAAUAGCGAGAAAAAGACAUCGGCGAUAGGCCAUGGACACCACCAUGGAGAGACGCCAAUGCCAUUACUCGACUUCGGAAAUACGCCAUCGCCUCAAGUGGAACAUAGGGGUUCAUCGGUGGAGAUGUUGGGUAAUGGCAGGACAGCUGCACCUUUAAGUGCGCGUUCCGAGACUUCACAAGGUCAAGUCGUGAUAGAUCGACCCAAGGCAUCAGGGAGUGAGAAAGGGAAACGCAAAACACCCAACAGAACAGAAAAAGGUGACUCCCACAUGUCCCAACGUGUUGGACAGGCAGAAACGGCGGCCUCCCCACUGAAGGCCGCAGUCAGAAGUAAGGGCGGGAAAGAUAGUUGUAAUGGAAACGAGAGUCAAAGUAAACAAGGAAGUGACUCGGUCACGGCGACACCCCUUAAAAAGCAGAGAACGUCCACAAAAGAGAAGAGCGCUAGCGGCGAACUCUUUGACAUGAAAUCCGUCAAAGAGUCUUUUGCUGGUAAAAAGCAGGACUCUGGCUUCCGAUUUGAGUUUAAAGAGCCGUCAUUUGAGUUCCAGAGUCCAGAGAAAACUGACAAUAUCAUUCCUGGGGGUAAAGCUAUGGAUCAUUCACCUUCUAAGCGUCAACAAAACAUGACACGUAGAGGAAAAGAUAGAACUCCAAAGAAGGAUUUGCCGGAGCAAAAAGGAUGUAAAUUUCCUGAGACUUCUGUAAAGGUGGAUCAAGGAAAGAGCGAACAGGAGAAAACACUGGUCAAAAAGAGCAAAGAAACUAGUGAAGUAAACACUGGUCAAUCAGGAGCAGCUUGGGAAAAAGAGAACCGCGGCAAGGUGAACAAAGGGUCUCGGGAUAAAAACAAAAAGCCCCCACAUAGAGACGGCAAAGACAUUGAGCCAGCACUCGCAGGGAAGCGGAAGGACGCUACUCGUAAUGCUGACGCUGUAGGUGCAGCUGGGAGUGACGCCGCCGCCGCUACAGGAAGUGGUAAAGGUCCCGAGGGAAUAUUGGGCCAGUCUCCUGGCGGGAGGGGUAGAGGGCGGGGCCGAGGUAGAGGCCGAGGGCAGCAGGGUUCGCCUGUGAGUAAAGGAGAAGCGGGUAGCAGGCAGAAGCGGGAUCGUACACACAGUACUCCCAAAAAAGCAGGUGGAGAACCGGUAAUCCGGAAGACGACUAUGUGACGUUACAUCCGUCCUAGUCGCAGACACAGAGUAGACAAAGCAAGAGGGAAGGUAGCGAAAACUAGUAAUAUCAAAAUAUUUUAGAUGCACUUUACAAAUCAGAUUUUACCUCAGUUUAAGGAUUUCCGGCAUGCCACAUUCAGUCACACACCGACGCCAUAUUAUUUCACAAAUAGGUUGUGCCGUCAUCGCGUGAUUUUUUUUUAACAGAAUGUCCAAAUAGUCCAAAUAAUUAGAGAUAUAAACGGAAAGCUGUCAUUGCAUGUAAAAAUGUCCGCUUUCCGGACUCGAUAAUGUUUUAAAUGUAUAAUUUAAUCGUUUUUGAAGUGCGACCCUUCAAACCUGCAUCGCACAGUCUUACGCCACAGGGCUUGUGCAUGUUAGUCAAGGAUGUCAGGUCCAUCGAGACAUUUCACCAAAGUUUUGUUUUAGUUUGAUAUGAGGAUACCACUGACAGUCACUGCACAGCAAGGCACAUGUACAUCUAGUUCAACUUACGCUGGAUAUCAAGAAAAGACAUAAGGUUGUUACCCUGGGUACGAGAGGCUCCGAGCUUCGCGGCGACAACGAUUUGAGCUCAAAUCGGGUACCCAGGGUAUAAGGUUGUCGGCUAAUAAGCCAACUUUCUUAAAACUAUGCCUUGAUGGCCACGGUAUGGCGUGUCGCGCUUUAACUUGGUAUAUCAUUCAGCUGCGUAAAGUAAAUGUCGGUCGUAAUGGCGCCCUGGAUUUCAUGAGAGUCCCUCCUCAGAUACGCCUUUUCACUGUCUGUAACAUAGACAUCAAAUUGCGAUAAUAAAUAUUUUUAACUUAAA